UAAUCCGGUUAGGGGGGGAUUAGCGUGGCGGUUUAAAGCCCGGAGCGGCGCGGGGAAGGGGUACCAGGCGCGCCGGAGAGGAAGCGGCCGCCGCCGCAGCCGAGCAGCGGGACAGCCCGGACGGCACCUGUAGAAGAUGCCAGCCAUCAACAUCGAGGACCUGAGCGAGAAGGACAAACUGAAAAUGGAAGUGGAGCAGCUCCGCAAAGAAGUGAAGCUGGAGCGGCAGCUGGUGUCCAAGUGUUCCGAAGAGAUCAAGAACUACAUUGAGGAGCGGUCGGGCGAGGACCCGCUGGUGAAGGGGGUUCCCGAGGACAAGAACCCCUUCAAAGAGAAGGGCGGCUGUGUCAUCGCUUAGGAAAACAAGCCCAGCGCCUGCCACCGGAGCAGACACUCUUGUACCCGUAGGGAGUCACUAGCGUGUCCCCACCGCCGCCGGUCCUUGUUGAACGAGCACAGGAGCGGAUUUUUUUUUUUUUCUUUUUUUUUUGUUUCUUACAAAAAUAAAGAAACCAACCCGAAAGUAGCUGAGACCCGCGCCGGCCGCUCGGCAGGGACGGCUGCGCCCCGCUCCCCGGCGCGGCUGUCCCUCCUCCCCCGGCCGGGGACGGCUCCUUUGGCUUCGCGGCGCCCGCUUUCGCCACCCGUUUAUCGGUUGCUUCAUGGCUGUUCGUUGGCAUUAAAGAAAACCUGCCUGUAA